CUUGUGUUGCGUGUUAGCAUUUUGCUAUGUCCGUUAGCUUGCGGAGAUCCCUGCGGGCCCUGAAAACCAACCGCAUCACCUUCUGGUGGGACGUCAUGACAUAAUGGAGCAUCAGGAUCCGUGGAUGCGAGUUUGAGAUUCUCGUCCCGCUUUUGUCUGGAGGAGAAAAAGCUCCGAGCAGCUGCUGCUUCUGCUGCUCUGAGCGGACAGAAAACAGCUCCACUUUAGCUAGCAGGUGAUGGGGGAGUACGGCAUGGCCCACUUCAGUGAUACAGGUGAGAGCAAAGGGAAGGACUACUGCAUCUUCUUCAACUCGCAGUGGGCCCGUCUGCCGCAGGACCUCAGCAAAGCAUCCCGCCUCCAGAUUUACGACCUGACCCCCUCCGUGCUGUGCUCCGCCUCCGACGUCCCGGAGGGGGGCUUCCCGAACUGCAUCCCCAUGGUGAUGAGGGGCAACUGCACUUUCUACGAGAAGGUCCGCCUGGCGCAGCUGAGCGGCGCCAAAGGCCUGCUGAUCGUCAGCAAGGACCGGCUGACUCCACCGGCGGGAAACAAGACCCAGUACGAGGAGAUCGACAUCCCAGUGGCCCUGCUCAGCUACUCCGACAUGCUGGACAUCAGCAGGACGUUCGGUAAAGGACGGCUGGUGGCCAUGUACGCUCCCAACGAGCCGGUGCUGGACUACAACAUGGUGAUCAUCUUCCUGAUGGCGGUUGGAACCGUGGCCGUCGGAGGUUAUUGGGCCGGCAGCAGAGACAGCAAGAAACGGUACAUGAAGCACAAGCGUGACGACGGCGUGGAGAAGCAGGACGAGGAGACGGUGGACGUCACCCCCAUCAUGAUCUGCGUGUUCGUGGUCAUGUGCUGCAACAUGCUGGUGCUGCUCUACUUCUUCUACGACUAUCUGGCUAUCUGGGUCAUCGGGAUCUUCUGCAUCGCCUCGUCGGUCGGCCUCCACAGCUGCCUGUGGCCUUUUGUGAGGAGACUCCCCUUCUGCAAAUGCAGGGUUCCAGAAAACAACCUGCCGUACUUCCAUAAGAGGCCCCAGGUCCGCAUGCUGCUGCUGUCGGCGUUCUGCGUCGCCGUCAGCGUCGUUUGGAUGGUGUUUCGCAACGAAGACCAGUGGGCGUGGGUACUGCAGGACGCCCUGGGCAUCGCCUUCUGCCUCUACAUGCUGAAAACUGUUCGGCUGCCCACCUUUAAGGCCUGCACUCUGCUCCUGACGGUUCUGUUCGUCUACGACGUUUUCUUCGUCUUCAUCACGCCCUUCUUCACAAAGAGUGGGGAGAGCAUCAUGGUGGAGGUGGCGGCUGGUCCCUCCGACUCCGCCACACACGAGAAGGUGAGUUCCCGGUCCGGUCCGGUCCAAACAUCCCAGUCAGCCCGUCUGAAUUCUGUUUCUUCACAGCUUCCCAUGGUGCUCAAAGUGCCGCGGUUAAACUCCUCCCCCCUGGCUCUCUGUGACCGCCCCUUUUCCCUGCUGGGCUUCGGCGAUGUUCUGGUUCCAGGUCUGCUGGUGGUUUACUGCCACAGGUUUGACAUCCUAACUCAGACCUCCAGGAUCUACUUUGUGACCUGUACAGUCGCCUACGGCAUCGGCCUGCUCAUCACCUUCGUGGCUCUGGCCCUCAUGCAGAAGGGUCAGCCGGCCCUGCUCUACCUGGUGCCUUGCACUCUGCUCACCAGCCUGGCGGUGGCGCUGUGGCGCAGAGAGUUGUCCCAGUUCUGGACUGGAAGUGGAUUUGUGCCUCCCAUAGCGCUCGCCCCCAUCAACUGCACUCAAACCGCAGAGCCGCAGACAGACGAGCCCCCACCUAAGGCGGAGCCACACACCACAGAGUCGUCCAAUCAGAGCGGAGACGCACCCGAGCGACCGCCUCAGGAGACGGAACCCGCCGACGACAAGAACAAGUAAAACGGAAGCAGCCUCCUCCACCCCCCCAUGCUUCACUUUGACCUUUUCUGUGGGGGGGUCAGUCGUGGUGUCUGUCUGGACAUUAUUGGUGGUUAAAGGGAAGGGUUUUUUUUAUAAUUGGGGGCGGGGCUUUGUCGGUAAACCUCCUGCCGGUUUGAGCCGCUCCUGCACAGGUCCAACCACGUUCAGACUGAAGCUGUGCAGAGGGGCUGCUCGAUCUGAGGGCCCGCCCCCACGGCGGAGGGGCGUGUCCUCGAGUGGAAGGAUGUACCUCAUCUCUGCGUGUAGAGGAACCCGGUAAUUCAGCCGGAUCAACUGACCCGGUUCUGAUCCGAUCCAGAGAAAAGGUCAAAUUCAGACUUUCUUGAGCCUGAGAUGAGGUAGAUUUUAAACUCUGUUACCAUGGUAACCUGCUGGUGGCGCGGCAAAGUCUCAUCACAGUCCAUUAGUUUCAGGUUGAGACGCUUUUAUUCUGAAGGAUAAACUAAGUUUAAACUGAGAGUUAAAUUCAGAUUGUUGAUCCAGAACAGAUUCUGGAUCUGAGAUAAAAAAAGAAAAAAAAAGUGUUUUUUCCCCAUCAGCUCUGGUUUUCCAUAAACAAUCGGCCGUCAUAGAUCCUGUCGAUCCGAGAGAUCCUUCAAUGAAGUUCAGAGAUCCUCAGGAAUCUGUGAUCAGGCGACUUUUUGUUGAAAUAUCGAUGUCUUAGUUAGAUAAUUGGUUGAACGGUUUCCGUGUUGAAGUGCAGCUUUGUUUGGUGUAAAGCAGGAAGCCUCCUCUGAUUGGAUCAAACCUGCAGCAGCAGCUCUCAUUGGGUCCUUCAGAGAUCCAGGUGAGCUGGACCUGCUGCAGACCAGAAUUCUUCGGAGAGGGAAGCCCCCCCCGCCCCUCACUGGCAGCUAAAGUGACCCUUUGACCUUCAGCUGCCGUCAUCAACUCACUAAAACGGUUUUAUUCUGGAGUCUGUGGGUUCGGUUCUGGACUUCAGGUUCUUCUGCCUUUUAUUUUGAAAUCUGAGCUGAAGGGAUGAUGAUGAUGAUGAUGAAGAGCCCAGCCGUUACAUCAUGUCUGUUUACCAGCAAACAUGCACGUCUGAAUCCAGAGCAGGUUUCAGGAUGAAUGUGAUUCAAACGGUUUUUAAUGCUGAUGAAUAAACAAACGUUUCACUGGA